GUAUCUCCGACGACUGCUACUGGUGCAUGGACAAUGGAACUACUACAGAGUAAGCAUGGCGGCUCUAGUAUUCUACUUCAAAUGCGUCGCGUUCGUCGCCGUGCACUCCAUUCUGCUCUUCUUCAACGGGUUCUCAGCUCAGUCCAUGGUUGAGGGUCUUCUCUACACGCUCUACAACCUCACUCUGACCUCCUGGGGCCCCUUUUGCUUUGCCCUCUUUGAGCAGCAUGUUUUGGAGAAGGAGCUUCUACACCGACCUUACCUGUACCGGCUGAUGACUCAAAAUGUUAAUCUCCGGGCCUGGCACAUCGCUGUUUGGUGUCUCGAUGGCAUCUGGCAUGCGCUUGUCGUCGUCGGAGUUGGCUACUACGUCCUUGCUGGAGGUGGAGUCUAUGCAGAGGCGAGAUUCUACCCUCCUGGCACCUCCUAUGCUACCAUCGACAUGGAUCUCUUCGGUUCGGCUGUCUACACCCUAUUAGUCGUCACAACUAACCUACGAAUGCUGUACACCAGUGGACCCGCCUCCGUACUUUACCUGAACUUCUUCUAUCUGGACACCAGUCCGGCGUUCUGGUUCUCCAUUCCCCUAAGCGUCGUCCUAGCCCUCCUUCCAGACAUUCUCUGGCGUCUCGCUUCAGACGCCUGGUGGGAUCACCAGAUAGCCCUUUCCGGUGUCAAACGCGAAAAGGAGCGGCGAAAGCGGAAAGCUAGGAGGGAACAACCCCAGGAUAGUUGGGCGAAAUCCAAGGAGGAAGGAGGGUUAGUAAGUUUUCUCUUGCCCACAUUUUGGUCAGUAUCGUGCCUAUGUCAACCGCGUCAGCUAUGUGAGCAGAGUAGCUUAAGUUCUCAAUUUCUAAAGACAAUCGCUAGGUUCUUAGUCGUUUGUAGCUGCGCCGUGCGUGGUAUCGGUAUUGCCGGUAGUAGCUCGCUGUGGUUGUUAAUCCGAGGAGCCAUGCAGAAGCAUGGGGCUACUGGAUUAAAAUACUAA